GGCGCGGGGCGUGGGCGUGGGCGGGGCUUCCGGACCGAGGUCCCCCGGGCUGGGCUCACCGAGUCCGCGGGUUCGCGCACUGCCCUGCUGGAAUCCGCCGGUGCCACACGAUCGGUUCCGAGAUGACGGCAAGCAAGCGAGUGGCGAAGGAGCUGGAAGAUCUCCAGAAGAAGCCUCCCUACUACCUACGGAACCUGUUGAGUGAUGAUGCCAACGUCCUGGUGUGGCAUGCUCUCCUCCUGCCUGACCAACCUCCCUACCACCUGAAGGCCUUCAACCUGAGCAUCACCUUCCCUGGGGAGUACCCAUUCAAGCCCCCCAUGGUAAAAUUCACAACCAAGAUCUACCACCCCAAUGUGGACGAGAAUGGCCAGGUCUGCCUGCCCAUCAUCAGCAACGAGAACUGGAAGCCUUGCACCAAGACCUGCCAAGUCUUGGACGCCCUCAACUUGAUGGUGAAUAAACCGAAUCUGGCAGAGCCCCUGAGAGUGGAACUUGCUGACCUGAUGCAACAGAAUCCAGAGCUGUUCAGAAAGAAGGCUGAAGAGUUCACCCUCCGAUUUGGAGUGGACCGGCCCAAAUAACUCUGGUUCUGACCCCUCGCUGUGCUGGAUCCUCUGUGUGGUGGAUGGACACCACCUCAUGGACUGGGGCCAGAGCCCCUUUAUGGCCCAUUCCCUGUGCAUUUUUCCUCCUUAGGUUGUUAGUUGUGAGUUUGUGUGUGUGUGUGCGGUGGAGGGAGGGGCUGUGGGUAUGUGUGUCGUGGGUGGAUUCCCUCCCAGGUCACCUGGCUACCGGUGCACCCCUCCCCAACUCCUCUUUCAUACCCCAGAGCUGGGGGCUUUCAAGUUUUCAGGGUUACAGGCCAGUUCUCCGGCUCUCCAUCUUAGUGAGACAGGUCACCUUCUAGGUCAGCUUGUAGCCAAGCAGAAUUCCCCUAGGGCCCAGGUAUUGAGGGGUCAGAGGAGAGUGGGGAAUCUGGGGGGGAGACAUCUGGAGGGUCCCAUACCAACGCCUGAGUGAUUGACAUCAGCCAAACUGCUGAUAGGCAUGUUCAAACUUAGGUGCUAAACCUUUUAUUUUCCACUGAUGAAUCAUAGUGUGAAAUAUCUAACUUCUGUCCCAGAAAUCUGACUGCGUGUUUCGAAACCACUUGCUGUUUAUCCUGUUAGGUUGCUAGUUCUUGGGGACCAGGCCUCAGGCUGUGAGGUGUGAGCAUCCAGUCCAAGGGAGGCCACAAAGACCACUUGCUUUCUUGCCAUUAAAGUCACAGAUGAAUUCUGGA